UAUUAAUAAUUUCGUCUUUAUAAACAACUAACAGAACUAUUUAUUAUUAUAUUUAUGUUGGCUAUCCUGCAUGUUGGUAAAGUCGGUAAAGUCAAACGUCUGUUGAUUCAAUCCAAAAUGGCGGAUAAAAAGUAACGCUAGUGGGAAUAAAAUUAAACAAAGGUAUUAAAUUAAAUCAAAAUAAGUGUAAUCUUUCUUUUUAUUAAUUCAGUUCGUAACGCAUCGCGUGUAUUGUUUCUAAUUGUUUACGCAAGUCCUUCUUUUCGCAUCGAGUUCCAAAAAUUAAGAUUAUUGGCGCGCCAUUGAAUCUGUAUUUGUAAACGUUAUUAAGCAAGGACAAGAUUAAAUGUUUAAGUUAACAAUAUAAACACGAUUAAUGCAAAUUCAUAACAAAUUGCAAUUUAUAUAAAAUCAAGACAAUGACCGAUGGUACUACCUCUAUGAAUUCCACGAUCACUAUUGUGGAUACCGACGAUGAAGUGAUAGAAUUGGAAGAGAGCCAAAACGAUAUUGUAAUCGUUCACGAUAAUGGCGAAAGUAAGGAUGACUUCGAGACAAGAGAGAGCGAUCUCUCAACGUGCGACGUUAUCGGCGAUUAUAAGUUUAUUGAGAAAACGCCGAACGUCAACGAAAACUUUGAACCUUAUCAACACGUAAAAUCAACAAACAAUUCCAAGCCUAUGUUUAAGGUUAUUUUUCAAAAUGAAAAUAUAGCUCGGCAAUAUGAAAAAGAAAUAAGACAAUUCUUACAGGAUUUGGUUUUGAAAACGUCUCAACAAAUAACAGACAGUAGUUUCUCUAAUAUAAUUUUAGAAAUUUGGAACAAAACAAAAAACUGUGAUCAACAAUUAUUAGAAGCUAGUACAGAAGGUGAAGAUAGUAAAGAUACAUCAUCUCUCUUUACUAUUGAUACACAACCCACACUUAAAAGUAAUGUGGAUAUCCCAAAAUAUAGAAAGAAAUAUAAAGGUGUAAUUGAUGAAGAUAAAGAGGAAGAAUUAGAGCCAGAGAAAAAAGAUUCAUGUGUUCGACAAAUUUCAUGUUUCAAUUGUUCAGGAAAUCAUAAUUUACGAGAUUGUAAAAUGCCUUGGAACAUAGCUAAUAUAAAUAAAAAUCGGAAAGAGCUUAGUAUGAGAAAUAAUAAGGGUAUUAGGUAUCACUUAGAUGACGAUCAAAGAUUCGGGCACAUGAUUCCUGGACAAAUUAGUAAAGAUUUGCGUAUUGCAUUGGGCCUCAAAGAUUAUGAAUUACCUAUGCACAUUUACAAAAUGAGGGUACUUGGUUAUCCUCCUGGGUGGUUAGAAGAGGCACGUUUACAACAUUCAGGAUUAUCUCUAUUCAAUUCAGAUGGAAUAGCAGAAUUGGAUCCUAAUGAUGAACCAGGUGAAAUUGUUGCAGAAGAAGAUAGAGAUCGUUAUGAUAUAAAAAAAAUUUUUGACUAUCCUGGAUUUAAUGUUCCACCUCCACCAGGUACUCAUGAUAAACUUAAUCUAUUAUGGACUCCUGAAAAGCAAAGUUUUCAUAGUAAAAAAAAUAUGUUAUUCCAUCUGAGUGGGAAGAAAGCGGCAGAAGGAUAUAAAAGAAAAAAAUUGAAAUUAAACAUGUCUUUGAUGAACGAUUCACCUACAGUAUCUAGUGAUAUGGAAAUAGAAGAUUUAAGUGGAACGGAGGGUUUAGUAGAAUCGGUACCUAUUAAUGGACAUUUUAUACCACCUUUACCGAAAGAUGUACCUAUUAAACCACCAGAACCUCCAUCCUCAUUAUCAACAUCGGAGCAAUGUUUAUUUGAUUGUCAAUCGCAAGAUUCAGCUGAUGAAAGUGCAUCUUCAUUGUCUAGGACAAAUUCACCAUCAUUAUCAGAUCUUGAAAGCAUGAAAAAACGAUUACUUGUAGAACUUGAAGAUUCUAGCUCGCAAUCUAAUCUUGAUGCACCAAUGAAAUGCAGCUCUUUAAAUUCUAGUAUGAAAUCAGAAGUACUUUUAUCUUCCAAUGAACACACACCACAAUUCAAUCGUUUACAAAGUCCACACAGUAUAUUUAAUACUAGUCAGGGAAGUAUAAAAUCAGUGGACUUUGGUACACCCAUAUUACAGAGUACUUCUACUUAUAAUAAGUUACCAUCUUCAGAAAAAUUCUCAAAGAACAUAUGUGAUGUUAUCAAUUUUGAAAAUUUACCAGACUCUACUGGUAAGUAUGAACAAAUCACAGGAGUUUUGCAAAAAGUACGAAGUACUUUGGCAAAAUUGCAUGAGGAUUCGUGAAAAUUAUUUAUCUGUUAGAUAUCUUUCAGAAUUGAAAUGCUAAUUGAAAUGCUAAUUGAAAUAAUUCCUAUACCGAUAUAAUUUGUUACAUACAAAGUUUGUAUGUAAAUAUUGUAAUAUAAAUGAUUUCAAGCAUAAUAGCGCAUAAUAAUGUAUUAUAAACUAUAAUAUAAUUAUGAAUGAGAAUUUCUUAUCUGAAUUCUGUAAAGAUUACAAAAACUACUGUUAAAAGAAAGAAAAGAACCUGUUCAAACGUAGAAUAACUAAUCGAUAAGUGUCUUUAUAAUUUAAACAUAGAAAGUUAUAUCAUAUGUUCCAUAUAAUUUGAACACUAGUUAACAUAAAUGAUAUGGUUUGCAAAAUUUUUCUCGUAUUCAGAAUUCUAUGAAAAAAAUUCUUCAUUUAAUAUGUAAUAUAUUCUGCAUAAUCUUAGAUCUAUAUGAAAAAUCUACAUUUAUUUUCCAUGAAAUUAAUACUCCUCUUAAAAGUACAAAAAUGUGAUAAUCCGAAUAUUUUAGUUUAUAUAUGCGUUAAAAUAUUUUAUCGGAUUACGAUAACAAAAUUAGCUUAUUAAAUCGGUUUCUAAUAUAAUUUCGAUGAUAACAGCAUUUCAAAAAUUAUUCAUCUUUUGCAUUUUCUAAAUUACUCAUUUUUUUCUUGUAAAAAUGAAUCCCUAUGCAUUUUAAAAAAUUGUAAAUUUGUUCAUGUAGGAUGUCAGAUGAAAUAAAUGCCAAACAAUAUAGCAAAAAGAAAAAGAAAAAUUUUCUUGAAAUUUUCGUAUGAAACGUCAAAUGAAUGUGAUAAACAAUUUGAUAAAAAAUUAUAAUAUAAGAAAAAAGUCAUGUUUUAUUAAUCUUAUUUUAUAGAUAUAAUAAGCAUUCUCGUGAUAAGUUUUUCAAUAUUUAAAAUGUUCACAAUUUAAAAAUAUUAGGAUUAAAUUGUGAACUAGCCAAAUUUUCAAAUUAAUUGAUUCGAGCUAUUACUACAUAGCAUUAGUAUUCUAAUGAAAAAAUUGUUUGAUAUUUUUAUUAUCGCAGUGUCGAAGAUAUACGUGUAAAAAUUCGAAAAAAUUUUUAAAUUAAAUAAUUAAGAAUAAAGAAAAAUAUUUUUGGUAUUUUUAUUAGAUGUUAUAAAAAAAAAAAGAGGUUGUAGAAAAAAAAUCCUCGCGUAAUUUAGUCUUUACUAUAGUUUGGCUACUAUUUCAGUCGACACUUGUUUCAAGGCUACCUACGUACUUAUAUGAAAUAUAAUAAUAUAAAAAGAAAAACAAAAAAAUAAACUUGUAAAUAUCUAGGUGCUCAUUGAAUCUUUUUUAUAUUUCUAUAAAGAUAUUAAAACGUGAAAUAAAGUUAUUUUAUUGUGCAUUUUAAUAAUAGAUAAUUAAAUAUGAAAAGUGACUUUAUGUUGAUAUCAUCGACAAUAUAAUAAUAUAAUAAGCAAUAUUAAUAAACUUAUACAUUCUAUCUUCUCAUAUAUGUAAAUUUUUAUUAAAUUACGGAAGAAAAAAAGUAUUUAUUAAAAUAUGUUCAGUCAUCGUACAUUUUUACAACUAUCAUACAAUUGGAAUGGAAAGAAUAAUUUGCAUAAUAAAUUUUUAUGACAAAAUAAUUCCCUUAUACUAAUUAUAAAUACGCCAUACCCAUUGUUAUACAAUUGUGUUAUAAAAUAUUAAACUUUGAGAUGCCUUAUUUUAUCAUAAUUAGUGCUAAUAUUUUACAUAAUUACUAUACACAUUGUAAUACACCAUAUGCGUCAUAACAUACACGUAUAACAUAUGCGUCACUAUAGAAGAUAGUAAAAUAAUUAAUUAGAAUAAAUUAGCGAUUCGCUGUGAACGAGCUGUUAAUAGGAAGAAAUGGAAAGAAUAGAAUAGAAUAGAAUAGAAUAGAAUAGAAUAGAAUAUAAAAUAUAGUUUUAUUAAAACUGCGUUCCCAUAUAAAAUAUAAUAUUAUAUCGUUUGAUAAUUAAUACUGAAUAUAAAUUUUUAUAACAUUUGCAUAAUAAAAAAAAAGGGGGAGGGGGAGACAAAAACAAAAGAAAAUGAGAAAAAAGAUUUCAGAUCAUGAAUCUUUUGAUUCAUAAUUACUCUUCCAAUAUUGUUACUUUCCAGACUUGAUUAAUCCAACUAUGAGAGUAGAACAAAAUUUCUCUAGACAUCUACUCUUUCUGUAUUUUUUAAUUUCCUGUAGGUGGUGGUGUUGGAGGAUCAUCGCUUGAACCCUAUAAAAACAUCUUUUCUAUCUUAUGUUUACAGAAUCAGUUGAACUAAUAUUUAAUUUUCAUUAUUGAAUAUAAGUAACAGUAUUUGAACAACAAAAUAUAAACUAAUAAAAUAAUUAGAAAUAAAAAUUUGAUUCUAAUCUAUCGAUAAUUAUUAUGAAGAAAAUUUUCGAUAUUGAUUACAUUAAAUAUUACGUUAUUGACAUAAACGCUAUCACUUACGGAUAUAUCGUUUCGAUUUUUAGCAACAUUGCUCCGCAAUGAUGCAUGUCGAAGAGAUCUUGGUCUGAUAAUAUACAUUAAAACAAUAAAUGCAAAGAAUAAACAUGUCAUGAAAAAAUUAGAAGAUGGCUGUACAGGAGGCGGUCCUGGCACUAAAAUAAAGAAAAUGUUAUGAAUAUAAAAUAACUUGUAACGCGCAGGCGCAAUAUCGUAAGAAACAAAAAAAAAAAAAGGAAGACAGAAAGAAAAAGAAAAAGAAAAAGAAUACCUACACCUUGAGAAGCUAAAACAUUCAUUGUCUGUACAGUAAUUUUGUGUUAGUCGUAACUGAAACAAUAUAUUUUUGAUAAUGACACAGAAAAAAAGAAAAAUAUUCUACUUUUCUUCAUACUAAUUUAUAAAAUUAUAAUAUUCACCGAAAUUUGUCACCGACGAUAUAUGUAUUGCAACGAUGAAAGAAAAAAAAAAAUAAAUAAAAAAUAAAUAAAAAAUAAAAGGAAAAGAAAACAUUCGAAGGACAUUGAACGAUAUUAUGCAAAGAUCAACUAAUUUUUUACAUAAAUCAUAUAAUGCAAUGUAAACAAAAAAAAAAAAAAAAAAAAAUUCUGCAUUGAGUAAUUCGAACGCUACACUUGAAAUUAUUUACAUUACGAUAUGCGACAAAGAUCCGACUGUGUCCAUGAGAUAUAUAUACAUUAUACAUAAACCGUAUCAUUUUAUUAGUCAUAAUAAUUCUCUUUGAAAGAUAAAUAAUUGUAAACGUGUCAAAUAUUUUAAAAUAAUUUUCUUCAAUAGAUAUCGUCAAAUAUU